GGUCCAAAAUAAAUUUCAAUUAUUACAUCAUAGAAACUGGAAACGAAUAAUACAAUCUUUGACGCGCGUUUUUGUCUUGGGGCGAACAGUGUAUUAUAUUUUCUGGGUUUCGCUUCUGGAUAUGAACUCGUGUCUGAAUAUUGGCCAUAACUGGAGUUUCAGGCUCAUCAAAACGCCAAGAGCUUGUGUUUCUCAGGAAAGUUCUCGUGUAGCAUUACGAAAAAAGCAAGAAGAACAUAGUAAUCUAUUCAAGAAUGAUUCUCCGAAUACAGAAAACCCUCCUCUUGUUACUGCAUUAAAAGCUUCGGCCGAACAAAAUGCAGCCCGUUUUCACUUCCCGGGGCAUAACAGAGGAAACGCAGCUCCUUCAUCUUUCACGGAUCUGAUCGGUGAAAGACCGUUUCUUCAUGACUUACCGGAACUUCCGGAGCUAGACAAUCUCUUUUCUCCGGAAGGACCUAUUUUAGAAGCACAAAAACGGGCCGCUGAACUUUUCGGAGCAUCAGAGACAUGGUUUCUUGUCGGUGGGAGUACAUGUGGAGUUCAGACAGCAAUAAUGGCAACUUGUCUACCUGGAGAAACUCUUGUUCUUCCUCGAAACUGUCAUAUCUCUGCAAUUUCUGGUAUGGUGUUAUCUGGUGCAGUGCCUAAGUACAUUGUUCCUGAAUAUCACUCCGAUUGGGAUAUAGCCGGUGGCAUCACUCCUUCACAGGUAGAAGCAGCAAUCAAGGAGGUGGUACAGAAGGAAGGUCGGAAUCCAGCUGCCGUUUUCAUCGUUUCGCCUAGCUACCACGGUAUAUGCAGUGACAUUCGCGAAAUCUCACAGUUGUGUCGCAAUAACAAAAUCCCACUAAUAGUAGACGAGGCUCACGGGGCCCACUUCAGCUUCCACCGCCACCUCCCCACCUCAGCUCUCUCCCAAGGGGCCGAUCUUGUAGUGCAGUCAACACACAAAGUACUGUGCUCACUCACACAGUCAUCAAUGCUGCAUCUCUCUGGCAACUUGAUAGACAGAGAAAAAAUUUGCAGGUGCCUUCAAACACUUCAAAGCAGCAGCCCGAGUUAUCUGCUGUUAGCCUCGUUGGACGCUGCUAGAGCCCAGCUAAGCGAAAACCCGGAAAAUAUUUUCAACGAAGCUAUUCGAUUAGCUGUCGGAGCAAAAAAUGGGAUCAAAAAGAUUCCUGGAAUCUCGGUUUUGGACGUUCUUGAUUUUCCGAAUUUUCUUGGUAUCGAUCCUUUGAGAGUCACUGUUGGAAUGCAGGGCAUUGGUCUUUCGGGUUUUGAAGCUGAUGAAGUCUUAUUUAGGGAUUUUGGGGUGGUUCCGGAACUUGUCGGGACCCACUCUAUUACACUAGCGUUUAACCUAGGAACUAAGAGGGAACAUGUCUCGAGACUUGUCUUGGGAUUGAAGUAUUUGUCGGAAACUUAUUACAUCAAUGUGGAAAGGGCGAUUGACGUAAAAAAGGUGGCAGUUUUCGAUAAUGAUAUUAAGAUGGUUUUGAGUCCGAGAGAUGCUUUCUUUGCAAGUAAGAGAAAAGUUGUGAUCGAGGAAAGUGUGGGUGAAAUAUGUGGGGAGUUGAUAUGUACGUAUCCACCUGGAAUUCCGGUGCUGUUUCCCGGUGAGUUUAUCACUGAGGAGGCGGUGGAAUAUUUGUUGUUUGUUAAAAGGAAGGGGGCCACUGUCACCGGAGCUGCCGAUCGGCUGCUCUCAUCUGUUCUUGUUUGCUGUAAAUAGAUAUUCUUGUGGAAAUAUUUCACAUUUUUUGAUCGAAGUAUAUAAUAGUUAUUGUCCAAAUAUCGCUACAACAUUGCGCCAGCUUAGCAGCAAAUGAGGUACAAAAAGUACACCCAACACGAGCUCACGUUUCACAUUAUAAACACCCGGUCAGCGCUGACGUGGCUCUUUUGCUA